AUGCCGCUCCGCCUUCGAGUCGACGGGAAAGUCUUUCGCGAUGGCCACAAUCGUGAGGUCACUCUACACGGAAUCAAUGUAGCUGGCGACGCGAAAUACCCACGGAGCCCAGAUCAAUGUGGUCACAUCAAGGAAAAGUUCUUCGAUGGUGAUGAUGUAUCCUUCGUAGGACGACCAUUCAACCUCGACGAGGCUCACACGCACUUUGACCGCUUGAAGAGAUGGGGAUACAACACAAUUCGCUACAUCUCUACUUGGGAGGCUAUCGAGCAUGCUGGCCCCGGCAAAUACGACGAGGAAUGGAUUCAGCACACCAUCGAAGUUCUGCGUCUAGCUAAGAAAUAUGGCUUCUAUGUCUUCAUGGACCCGCAUCAAGACGUCUGGUCAAGAUUUACUGGUGGCUCAGGUGCCCCCAUGUGGACCAUCUAUGCGUGCGGUCUGAACCCUCAAGCCUUCCUCUCGACACAAGCCGCCCUUGUCCAAAACACUUGGCCGAAUCCUGCAGACUUUCCCAAGAUGAUCUGGGCUACCAACUACCAGCGUCUGGCUUGUCAGACCAUCCUCACUCUUUUCUUUGCUGGCAAAGAGUUUGCACCCAAAGCUGUGCUGGACGGCGUGAACAUCCAAGAUUAUCUACAGGGACACUUCCUAGGUGCCAUGAAAAUACUGGCUCAGCGCAUCAAAGAGGCAGGCGACCUCGAGAGUGAUGUCGUGAUCGGAUGGGAGAGCAUGAACGAACCUAACAAAGGUUACUUGGGCUGGGAGGAUCUGUCCAAGUGGCCAGCAGACCAGAACCUGAAGAAGGGUCCCACUCCGACAGCGUUCCAGUCCAUGCUUACCGGUCUCGGCAGGGCUGUGGAGCAAGAAACAUUCGAGUUUGGCAACUUUGGUCCUUACAAAUCCGGCAGCGAAUUGAUCGAUCCCAAGGGAGAGAUUGCAUGGCUACCAGCCGACUACGACGACUCACGAUACGGUUGGAAGAGAGAUCCUGGUUGGAAGCUAGGGGAAUGUCUGUGGGCACAGCACGGAGUCUGGGAUCCCAAGAACGACAAGCUGUUGAAGAAGGACUACUUCCUGAAGGUGCCUGUCUCGGGCGAGAAGAUCACGCAUGAGUACUACACCAACAACUUCUGGUUGAACCAUUACCGCGCGUACAGAGACACGAUCAGGGCCAUCUUUCCCGACACGAUCAUGUUCUGUCAGUCUUCGCCAUUCGAGGUACCGCCGUCAAUCAAGGGAACGAAAGACGAUGACCCUCAGAUGGUCUUCGCUCCUCAUUUCUAUGAUGGUAUCACUCUCAUCACGAAGAAAUGGAAUCGUUUCUGGAACGUCGACGUGGUUGGCAUCAUGCGCGGCAAGUACUUGAGCCCUGCAUUUGCUGUCAAACUUGGAGAGAGUGCGAUCAGAAAUUGUUUCCGUGAUCAGCUCAAGUAUCUGCGUGAGGAAGGUGAGGAGAAGAUGGGUGUUCAUCCUACAGUUUUCACCGAGAUUGGCAUUCCGUACGACAUGGAUGACAAAUAUGCAUACAAGACGGGCAACUUCACGAGCCAAACGCUUGCAAUGGACGCGAACCACUUUGCGCUUGAAGGCUCUGGAGUUGCGGGCUUCACUCUGUGGACAUACGUGCCAUCGAACAGCCACUACUGGGGCGACAACUGGAACGGUGAAGAUCUGUCAAUCUACUCUGUGGACGACAAGCAAUUGCCAUCAUCACCCGAGGUGGACAGCUCAACAUACAAUCCAGAGUCACCAUCAUACUCAGAAGGUAGAACAUCCGGAGACGCAUCAAUCAGCCCAUCAAUACUGAAGAGGACAAUGUCUGUAGAUCGAAUGAGCGCCUCAAAAACGCCGUCAAUCAAUUCCGAUGGUGUCGGCAUGCGCGCCGCUGAGGCUUACGUCCGUCCAACUCAAACAGCGACACACGGUCGUGUCGUGUCUCAUGGUUUCGACCUCAAGAAUUGUGUGUUCCAGCUGACUCUGUCUGCACCGAGCCCGACAUCCGAAGAUGCGCCAACCGAGGUAUUUUUGCCAGAGUUCCAUUUCCCGCAAGGAAAGACGGAAGUCGAAGUACUUGGAGGAAAGUGGAAGAUCAGCGUAGAUGAGACGCAGGGCGCAACACAGCAAGUGCUGAGAUGGUGGCAUGCGGCAGGUGAACAGAAACUGACCGUGAGGGGUAUGAAAAGACGACAGGGUACGGCGAUCGGGUCAGAAGCCGGAGAAGGAUAUAUCGAUCAGUGCAAAGACACGAGUAAGGCGUGUAUCGUCAUGUAG